GUAAAAACAAGGCAAGCGGUUUGUUUGCGAGCUAGCAAGGGACAGAUAAGGGACGAGAGAGUGUGAAAGAGAAACAGAGACUUUUACUGAAUCGAAUCAACGCGUCCAUCAUCCGCCCGGGGUUCAGAGCGGCAGGAGCCGGGGUUUGGGGACUGAUGGCAACCGCGAGUACUGAUGGAGAGGCGGCGGAGCACCUAGAUAUAUACGCAGAUCUAAACACAGAGGAGGGUGGAGACGCCCUGGAGGCAGAAGCUGACGCUCUUUAUGACGAUGUGUUGACGGGAUCUGUGGACAGCGUGAGCGCUCUGGGAAAGCAGGAGUCGAAGGAAGAGGACGUCAAGCUGGAGGUGGAACCUGUUGAAGGAAAACGGUUCUCUGUCUACGUGGGGAACUUCACCUGGUGGACAUCAGACAGCGAUCUGAUAGCGAUGGCGCGAAGGCAGGGAGUGAAAGACAUCGUUGAAAUUAAGUUUGCAGAGAACAGGACUAAUGGGCAGUCCAAAGGCUAUGCUGAGAUGGUGGUGUCCACAGAAGAGUCUCUGAAGCGUUUAUUAGAGACCAUGCCACAGUGCAAGAUAAACGGGGAGAAACUGGCGUGUCGUCAUGUUUCCUGGAGAAGCCAGGCUGAGUUCGAGGCUGAGGCCAGAAAACGGAUUCCUCUGAGACUGACCCCCAAAGCUGACUCGGAGCGAGCCAACGGGGGGAAUCCAUCCGCUUCGUCUCCCACAGACUGCCGUUCCUUACCUUUACCUCGGAUGUUGCCUCCAGCCAAACCCCCUCCCCUCAUGCCCUCAUUUUAUAACACUCCUCCUCCUCCUCUUCCUCCUCCUCUUGCUCCUCCUUCUCUUCCUCCUCCUCUUGCUCCUCCUCCUCUUCCUCCUCCACUUUUUAACACUCCUCCUCCUCCUCCCAUGUUCCAUCCACACAUUCCUCACAUUCCCAACACACACAUCAUCAACGCACACACCUACAACUUGCACACGCCCUCACUACACAUCAACCCCGCCUUCUUACCCCCGGGUCCUGCAGCACGCAGCAGCAGAUCGACGAAGUUCAGCCAGCCGGGGGAUGGAGACUUUGAGGAGCUGAUAAACAGGAACAGAACGAUUGCCAGCAGCGCCAUCACUAAAGCCAUGUCUGCAGCCACGUCAGGUGACAUCCGGAUGGCUAUCGAGUCCCUGUACACGGCGACAGCGGUGAUCAAACAGUCCCGUGUGUCCUACGACAAGCGGUGCCGCAUGCUCGUCGAGUCCCUUAACAACUGUCUGAACUCCAUAGAGACCAAAUGCUUCCCUUCAAGUAAGAGGCACCGUUCUCGGGAGCGAGAGAGGAGCAGGUCGAGGGAGCGAUAUCGGGAGCGCUCGUCCAGCUCAGAGAGGGAGAGAGAACGGGAGCGAGGGCGUGACCGAGAGUACAGGGACAGGCAUUGAUGGAACGUGCUUCGCGCUCAGGCCAAGGAGACGACGGUGGAUCGCCGUGUGGAGGAGGACAUGCUGAACACCACGCUCUCCACUCUUAAAGGACUGGACAGGACAUUUCAGUAAAGUUUCUAAAAGAUGCCAUGCUCUUUGUGUUACUUGGUUCUGUCUCGGAGUUUUGAUUUCAAAAGCAGCUCAUUUUUACGGUCUGUCUAUCUGAGUGACCGUGCUGCGGUACAGCCUCAGUCUACUUACUUUUAACACGUUAAACAAUGCCAUCUUUUCUUUCCUCCUUCAUUUUUGUAAUAAAACACCAGUGUCUACGAAUGAAAUAGCCGUAUUCCACUGCAGGUGUGCUGAAUGGGCCGUGACAGCAGGUUUCCCACGUGUACGAGAACAACCGUUUUAGUCCUGAUGUAAGGCAUGAUUCAUGAACACGAGGAGUUUAUCAACUUCUGCAUUUUUUUUUUUUACAGACGAUAAAUAAACUUUGUAUUAUGCU